AUGCCCGAAGCCCUGCGUCUUUUGAGGAGAGAGAUAAGAUACUCUGAAGCAAAAACCGAAGAAGUUAACAUCUUACGUCGGAUUCAAUACUAUGAUCAACAAAAUGAAUUUUUUACCCGUCUCUCUAACCAUGGCAAUUGGAUGAAAGCUGUUGUAGUCCAUCAUUUAGGACUCCCGUCUCCCAAUGCUUGCCAGGUCGCUAAUGUGGAAGACUGGCUCCAUGGAAGCUUCAAUGUCUGCAUUCCAGUGACCAUCAGCGUAGAUGGUAGACGAAAGCACUCUGGUACACGCGUUCUCCUUCGGUUGCCUCUUCCAUACCGUACAGGUGAAGAGUUUCGUCCUGGGAAUUCGGACGAGAAGAUCCGGUGUGAAGCAGGAAUAUAUGCUUGGCUACAGGAAAAUUGUCCUGAUGUUCCCAUCCCUCAACUAUAUGGGUUCGCUACUUCAGAUGGACAGACUGUGUUCAAUUCCUUUUGA